AUGUUAAAAUAUUUAAUUAAAACCACCAAAACUCCUGAUGAUGAUACAGGCAAUGGUCUUGAUGAUGAUAUGGCCAAUGAUGAUAAUAAUGAUGACAUUGUAGUUCCCGUAGUUCGCAAUGCAAAAAAAGACCGAAGAGAAAAGCGGAGCGCUGAAGUCAAACGAAAGUACGAAAGUGAAAAACGGUGCCGAAAAUUCUCUGCUAACUGGAAGAAGUCUUUUCCAUGGGUAAAGCUGUCCGACGACAAAUCAAAAAUGUUUUGUGAUAUUUGUAUGCUAUAUCCAACAUUGUGCGACAAGGAUUCAAAGUUUGUAAAAGGUGGAUGUGGAAACUUGCACAUAAAAAGCCUACAGACUCAUGAUAAAAGUGCAGCCCACCAAAAAUGCGUUCGUCACAAUAAGGCCAAAAAUUCAACACCCGGCUCAACCCCUGCAGAGACAAUGAUUCAAAAAAUGAAUGAAAAAGAAUUUGAAAAGAUGCGAGUCUUAUUUCGAAUUGCUCACUCGUUGGCAAAAAAAGGUCGUCCCUUUGAAGACUUUCCGUGGUCUUUGGACCUUCACGAAGCUGCGCACAAUAUAUCGCUAGGACAUACGUACAGAAAUAGCAAACAGUGCCACAACUUUAUAUCGUUUAUUGCUGAAGCUGAGCGAAUGAAAUUGGCAACAGACCUUGCCCGCGUUCUGUUCUAUAGUGUAAUGACUGAUGGAACAACAGACUCCUCCAUAUCUGAAGCUGAAAUUAUGUAUGUGAUGUAAGCGUAAAAAAACAGUUGAGUUCAUUUUUCAUAAAUGGUCAUUGCUGCUGUAUUUCCAGAACUGUGAAUACAUGUUUUUAAAUGGUUGGUGUUUUACUUACGCUUUUUAGAUAUGCUGAGAACGGUUUGAUCAACAACAAGUUCUUACGUCUCAAAAAUGUCGAGCGUGCUACUGCAGAGAAUAUCACGAAAGAGCUAGAAUCGGCUCUGCAAGAAUACGGAGAGCUGAAAGGUGACGCAGUGUACGAGAAAAUGGUUGGAUUUGGAGCAGAUGGUGCCAGUGUUAAUACGGGAUCUAAGCAUGGAAUUGGAGCAAGGCUAACAGAGAAGCAACCACUACUCACAUCUGUCCAUUGCAUGGCACACCGUCUGGAGCUUUCUUUUAAUGAUGUAAUUGGCUUAAAUAACAGUUGGUUUGAAAUCACUCGCUUUUUGGAAAACGUCUACAAGUUUUAUCACAAUAGUUCGUUCAACCGCAGCAUGUUACGUGUGUCUGCAAAAGCGCAUGUAGUUACAGGUAUACCUACAAGAGUCGGUGGAACGCGUUGGGUACCUCAUCUUUAUUUGGCUUUGACCAAUUUUUGGAAGCUCGUUCCAGCCUUGUUGCAGCACUUUGGCGAGGUAUUAUUUAUUUAUUGGCCUUUGGUUUAUGAAUUAAGUACAGGGUGUAUCAAAAAAAUGUAGACCCUUUCAAAUUCAAAUUAGCCAAUUCGCUGAUGCUGUAAUAGAGCGAUCAAAUUGCUACAAUAGAUUACGGCUAAUUUGAGGGUCUACAUUUUUUAUACACCUAACCAUGUAUAACAUUGUAUAAUUAUACCUCGACUGUAAUCAUUGAAUGAUAUAAUUAAAUAUUGAUAGUAUAAUGAUAUUAAAUGCUUUUUCGCUUUCAGCUGCAAAUCAAUUCACAUUCCAGUGAUGCGACUUCAAAAGCUAAAGGAUUUCUGAAGAAAAUGAAGAGUCCCCAAUUUUUAAAAGACACAGCCAUGACAACAGAUAUUGUUAUGCGCCUCAAGAAGGCAUCCAUGUUUCUACAAAAGAACAGCUGUAGCAUAGCUGAUUGCCAGGAAGUAGUGAAGUCAGCUGUCACUAGUUUGGAAAAGUUGAAACAAAAGUAAGUUCUGUUUUUGCACAAUGUUUUGCACAUCUAUUUGUACACAAUUAUACAACUAUUGUCUUGCUACAAUAAUCAUUUAUACAAAAAAUAUUGCCUAUUAAAUUAAACUUAUUAACUUUUUCCUUCCCCUAUUCCUGGUAAUAAGUUAUCAGAAUUCCUGAAAACCAAAGUUUUCCAUGGAAUUUCAAUAUCAUCCGAAGAUGAAGGCGAGGAUGUAGAUCCAGCAAUUGAUGAAACCAUUGCAAGAUUCAAAAAUGUUAUUGACCUUCUGGUCUCAGCUCUCAACAAAAGAUUUGCAUUGAAUGAUAAGCAAAAACAUUUGCAAUGGAUACGCUUUCUUAAUCUUCGCAACUGGCCGGUCAGACAAUUACAAGGUAACCCACCGGCUUACUCGAAAUAUACGAAAUUGUUUUGCACGUUUAACAAUAAUACCUAUUUUUCAGGUUUUGGUGACGAUGAUGUGAAUAACCUCUUAAAACACUUCCUUCCAUAUUUGUCUGCUGCGUAUAAUUCUGCUGAUGUCAUUGAAGAAGACUUUGUGGGAGAAGCCAUGCUGGAAUGGGAUGAGCUUAAAACGAAAAUCUAUGGACGGUGACCAACUAAGCGUUUUUCACUGUGCUGACCUGUAUAUUUCACCUAUAUAUAAUUUCUCAAUAUAUUAUUGUCUCAUUUCAGAUAUGGUGGUAAGAACAUUGCAAAAGAACUGACAUGGCAAAGUAUCAAUGUUGAAUUUGGUCCAGAUGCAGAACACUUCCUCCUCCUUGUUGACUUGCUUCUGACCAUUCCUGCUCAUUCAGCUGAAUGCGAACGUGGCUUUUCCCUUCUGAAGACGAUCAAAACAGACUGGAGAAACAAGCUGUCUGAUAGUGCUGUCACUGACCUGAUUCGAAUCACAUUAGAGUGUGCAGAUAUCAAGUUGUUCAACCCAGAUCCAGCAAUACAUGCAUGGAACAAACGUUCUAUUAGAGGCCGACGUCCCAACCAAAAGAGGUGGAGAACACACAAAAAGUCACAAGAACCCCUGGUUGCUGGACCAGAUGAAGAUCUCUCUGUCAGUGAUGAUGCUGAUGCAUCUGAUUCUAGUGAUUCAGAUUGUGAUUCAGAUUCUCACACUGAGACUACGAGUGUCUCAGAUAAAGAUCAAAUUAGCAACAAUGACAUGCUUGAGUUAUUCAACACGGAUUCAGAUGAAAGUGAUUUUGAUGGAUUUUAA